GAAGCUACAAACCAACGCCUGCUUUAAAACUCUGACCCUCAGUUUCACAAACUCAAACUCACAAGAACUUGACAGUCUUUCAGAACAAGGACAGGGAGGAACAAAAACAAUGCCUGCAUUACCGGCUUUGCUCCUGUUGGGGUCUCUGUUUCUCUGUGGUCGUGUGGAGGCCCAAUCCUCCACCACUGAAAUGCUGAAACAAGCUGCACUGCAGUGGAAGGGGCCUCUGCCCUGUGACAAAUGGGACUGCAACUGUACUUUCAACCGCCAGCGUGGAUGCUGCUGUGGAGCCAAUGACUUUAACCAAGUAGAAGAGGAUACCUUCAUUAGGAUUAAAUAUCUGUGGCACGAUAUCAGCACACUGAAUGAGAGAGUGCAGGCGCUCACAGCUGGCGUCAAGGUUGCCUUCAAAGCCACCAUAGACCCAAAUAUUGCUGUGGCAAUUCCUGGAUCUACUGAUCGCUGCUUUGGUCCUUUUAAUACUAAUGUGCCAAUACCCUAUGCCACCGUCACUCUUAACGAUGGCAUGGGAUAUAACCCUUCCUUAGGUGUCUUCACUGCCCCCUGUGCUGGUGUUUAUGUCUUUUCCAUCACAGUUUACUCAUCCGUGGAGGAGAAUAAGCGCCUCUACCACAAAGUCCAGCUGAUGCUCAAUGCGAACCCAACAGCCAGUGUGUGGGAGAACAAUCGAGAGGAUGGUGAAGACAGCGCCACUCAGGUUGUGGUACUGGAGCUGCAGAGAGGCGAUCAGGUCUAUGUGGAGCUAGUGUCCGGGAGGAAGCUCUGUAAAUACAUGGACUACAAUAUCUUCACUGGUUACAUAUUGUACCCAUUGUUCCCUUUAAAUUAUGAGUAAUAAACCAGUUUGAGAUCCAGGCUACUAAACCUCUCUUACUCCAGGACCGUGCUUGAAUGAAUCCGUUUAUACAUGCUCAGCUGAGAUCAAAAAAACUAGCAGCUUUUUUCACAUGUUGACCCACCAGAUGACCUAUAGAGCCCCUACAGUAGAUAUGAACAGGGUAAGUUGUACAUACAUAGACUCAAACAUGUGGGCAGGCAUUUAUGAUCAAAUGCAAAAAGAAAAACAUAUUUUUACAUUGCAUGGAAACAAAAAGUCAUAUGUUUGCAAAUGUUUGCAUCAUUAAAAAAAAUAUAUGCUACAACUACAGUGAUGGUCUGUGUACAGAGGAAGUGUGAAGUUGUUUUGAUUUGGACACAAUAAAAGUUUAUUUGACAGGUGAGGUACAUUUAUUUUCUAUUUUAAUUUGUAUUUCAGCCCACUGGCCACACACACACACACACACACACACAACGCAUCAUCCAUGAAUGGAAAUAGGUAGCAGUCAGAGGCUUUGAUAUCAUUUGGGAAUGAUUACAAUGGCUCAUAACACUGCUGCUGCUGCUGCUAACAUUUGGCCUAUUACAGUAUUGUGUAACACUGUAAACAAGUGCCUUUCAUAGAAGCUCAUUACAAAUGAAUAUAAACCACUGCCAGGUUAAGGAAAUUCUUUCAGUUGAAUAAACACAUGAUGUAGGAGCAGCUUACACACUUUCUCUCUCUCUCUCUCUCUCUCUCUCUCUCACACACACACAAACACAAACAGGUGCACACACACACAAAAAUACAUACCAGUCAUUCCAGUAAGAAGCUAAAAUGUGGACCCAUGUUGUUACUUUAAAGGGGUAGUGGGACAUUUUGGAAAAUACAAAAUUUAAUUUCCUUACUUGACAGCUGGAUGAGAAGAUUGAUAGUGCUCAUAUCUGUCCAUUAAAUAUGAAGUUACAGUUAGGAGAUGUCAGCUUAGUUCAGCACUGAGACUGUAAAACAGCAAGAGCUAGCUAUGUUAUACUUUAGUUUUUGUAUCUGUUAAUUAAAAGUGAUGCAACGUGUUAAUUGGUGAGCUUUACAGACCCUAACCCUGAGGCGGAUUAACAGUGCAAGAGAAGAUAAAAUAAAAAUACAUUUGUAAACUCACAAAAAUAUCUUGCAAAUAUAAAACAGAUCUACAAACAAAUUUCACGAAUAAAAACAUGUGUGAAUGCAUUUAAUUAAUUUACAAAUAAAUGAAAAGCAUUAGUGAAUAUCUUCCUAAUAUUUACAACUUUCAAACAAACAUUUUUGAAUCAAUUUUCUUUUCUCUACACUUGUGGAUUUGCGUUUUAGUUAGCUAAAGUAAUGAGCUGAUGAAUAGCAUGCCUACCUGUAACCAACCAGAUCAGACAUCCCACACCGUUUCCACUCUGAUGCCAAUAUUACCAACAAACUAAAGACAGGAAAUACAACUGCUCACGUCUCAGACCCAUGACAAACUGUUAACUAACAUGUUGUUUACCGAUCGUUUUAACAUAAAGACUGGAAGUGGGAUUUAAAUGGAGAUAUUUUAAUAUGAUGCAGGCUGCUGUUAACACUGUUUACCUUGUACCGUGAGAGAAGA